GAUUGCGACUUUUGGACGUUCCGGUAGAAAGAUAAAGGUAAUAUUUAAAUAUAGCAUGCAUAAUAGUUCAUCAUUUACCGCAUUUUAAUGUUGUGCAGAUAAGGUACGAAUGUAAUUUAUGCAGGCUUGGAUUCUGCUUCACUCAGUAAACUUGCCUUGAUAUACGGAUGAAAUGAUGUGGGUACAAAGUUGACGGCAGUUAUUAAACGGCGCAUGUCCCAAAAUGUCUAGCCUUUUCUUCAAGCGGAGGCUUUCAGGAAGGGACUACCGUAUCAAAGUGUUUCGGUUCGCAAAAAGGUGUCAAGUGACCAUUCAAGACAUUAUUACUUCAGCCACUUGGAAAGGGAGCUUCGACCAAGCGUGCAUUGAAACGAUGACGCGCAAGACUGGUCGCUUCGUUCCCUUUGAAAUGUUCCUGUCGCUGCUUUUGACGAGUCUACGGAACGGCAUGUAUGAAUCGCAACUCGGUUUGAUGACGUUCAGGGACUUGCAAAAUUUAUUCAAGGAAGAAGUCAGCCCGGCAAUCGCGAAGCAGAUGGGCGAAGAGAACCGACGUUAUCUUAUCCUCACCGUCAACCAGCCAAUGAUAACACACUAUCCACUUCCUCUGCUGUACACUCAGUGUCCGGAUCCUGAGCUGAUGAGUAUGACCAAGCUGGAGCUGCAGAGCAGCAUGGCUGCCAGCGCAGGCGACUGUCCUGGCGCCGUAUCUCAACAGCCUUGUCAUCCACAUCAGACUAGUCCCUCGUUGAAACGACCAGUGAGAAAGAAAGAACGCUCUUCGGAGUCGGUUCGGCCGCGCUCUCGUAAGAUCUCCUUUGGCAAGGGCGACUUCCUCCAUCGAGUGAUGGGUGAGCAGAUAGAGAGAGCACUGAAUGACAGCUUCGGCCAAGGUGCCGGCGGGGAAACAGUCGAGUCUCUGCGCCUCGAGCUGCGAGAACAGGCCAGGGAUUUCAAACACGAGCUGGCGCGUCUCCGUCGAGAAAACGAGCGGCUGCGUCGGCGCGUCGAGGAGAUGAAGAUCCGCGAGAUGGAGCUCGCCUCUGAGCUGGUGCGAGUGACUGAGAGGCAGCGGCUGAACCUGCCGCCGGCCUCCGAGCGGACGGCCACGCCGCGGUGCCGGUCGUCCUCGCCGGGCCGGUACGGACGGCGGCGCGGCCACGGCUCGGGCAGCACCGGCAGCCUGGCGUCGCAGACCCCGCGCGCCGCCCGAUCACUCUUCAACUUUUUCGACACGGACGAGGCGUGGUCGGGCCGGAGAGCGUCGCUGGAGCGGCGCCGCUCCUCGCCGGCGCUGCGCGACGAGCCGGCAGAGCGCAGCCGCCGCCUGCGCGCCAACAUGCGCUCCAAGAGCCUGGACGACACGCGCGCCCACGCCGCCCUCGAGCGGUACCUGUGCUCGCCGGGCCGGCGCUGCUACCGCCGCGCCGAGUCGAGCGACCGGCGCCACCGCUGGGAGGAGCCCGAGCGCGCCCGACCGCGCGGCUGGACAGCCUUCGACCCGGGACAGUACGUCCGCGAGCGGCGGGAGGCGCCGCCGCGGCAGCGCAGCUCGGACCGGGAGCCGGCGGCCCGGCGGCCGGCGGCUCCGGCAGCCUGUGCUCCGGCUCCCAGCUGCGCUCCGGUGCCGGCCCCCCGGUCCCGCUCCCGGCCGCGGCCGCGGAGGAAGGGGGUGGCGCGGGUGGCGGCGGCGGCGCCCAACCAGCCGCCGCCGCCGCCGGAGCGCUGGGAGGAUGUGGGAGACUCGGCCGUGGCCGGGAUGCGCCAGCUGGAGACCAGACUGAGAAACCUGCAGCGGAUGCUGGCCGAAAAACUUACCUGACAGUGAGCUGGGGAGGAUCUACGCUUCAUUGGUGUCCUAGGUGGGAGUUCAUUGCAAUGUGAGGAGCCGCCAGCGCUCAGCAAGAUUACGGCAGAAUCUAAUUUUGGUUAGCUGAACUUCGUAUUUUAACGGCUCAUUGACCGUACUACAGCGGGUAUGUAUAGUGAAGCACCAUAUUGCGAGUGCUGGUAGCUGAUCAAUGAUCGUGUGCUAUUUUUACGAACUAUUUUCGUAUAACUGUUGAUCAUGUUCUGAACUCACAAUAAACCACGGCAUUUUAA